CCUCCAUUUCCCACAAUGCCUUGCUGCCUCCCCCUCCCAAUCAGGCGCUUUCCCUCUCCGCUGAACUCGGAGCUCCUCUGUAUAUCGGUGUUGUUGAAGCUAGCGAUGGCAGCAGCGGCGGGAUGCGGCUCGGCGGCCGCGGCUGCAGGCGGGGCGGCGGGCGGUGUGGCCGCGGCUCGGGGACGCUUUCCCGGGCGACCCUGGUCGUCGCGCAGUCGCCUGCGCUCAGAGAAGCGGUGGCAGCUCGGUCGCUCGGGGUCGGAGCAGGACGAGAGCGGUGGCGGAGGCCCGAGGCCUGGAGGCUGCCUGGCGCUUGCGUGCGGAGAGGACCCGUCUCACCUGCGCCUGCUCGGGAUCCAGGCGAGCUACAAGAGCCUGGGGGAGGCCGGCUACAGCUCGAGUGGAAGCGAGGAGGGAUCUGAAUUCAAAGGCUUUGAGGCUGAAAAUGAAAGCAGCAGUGUUCCUAAACAGUCCCGAAGAAAUCGUGCCAGACGUAUUUGUGCACCAACAAAUUCGUCAAGAAGGGUAUUUCGGAAACCAGCUCCAGCAGCGGUCACAGCUGUGGAAAAUGUUCAGGCGCCUCUGAAGGAUUCUGGAGAUACACCGGAAUCUCACUUCAAAGAGGCGUGUGAUGAUAUUUUACCAGAAGAUGCUGUUCCAUGCUCAGAUAAGCUAACAAAACAAAGACGGAAAAGAGGCUCUGUAAAAGAUGACGCUUCAUCUGCUCCGAGAAUCACAAUCAAGUUAGUGACUAAGAGGAGAGUUAAGGUGGAUGCUCAACAGAAGUCUGAAACUAAGGAAAAUAAGUGUGCAGUGCUCUCAACUGCACAAGUGAAAUUAAAGAGAGGUGCAAAAGCCUUAGAAAGUAGCUCUGUUGAGGUAAAGCAAGAGGUCAUUACAAGAAGGCGUGGACGAUCUGCGUCUGUUGCCCAGAGUGUGCCAGACGUAAAUGACCAAAAGGUAGAGGAAAAUUUGAGGAACUCGGCCCGCAAGACUCGUUCUGCAUCACGUAGUGACACUGUAGAGCCAAACGCUGAUGAAAAGAAGUCCAAACCAACAGUCAGCGUGUCAAAAGAAAGCACAGAAGUCCAAAAGCUUGUGAUUCGAAGACGCCACAGAUUAGAUUCGAGCCACGUUGAGCAAUCGGGAGACCACAAGGAUGAGGCCACUUUAUCAGAGUCUGUGUUAGAGGUGUCAACGGUUGAGGAACCUAAACCACCUUCGAGGAAGAAAAAGAAAAAACGGAAGAAGAGGAAUCGGAAGGAGAAGGGUGAUGAGAACUUCAGUGCUUUGUCUCAGCAACCGACAGGAGACUCGAUAGAGAACAAUUUUGUGGGAAUUCCAGGUUUAAAAUUAACACGGAUACGAAACCCAAAAGCCAGGUCACGUAAGAAAUGCAGUAAGUUUAUUUGGACCCUAACACUGGUAAAAUGCAAAAGCAAAACUGUUAGUCCUCAUCCCCAAGAAAAUCUAAGCCAAGCACCAGAAAGCCUUCAUAAAGAAACAGAAAGUUCCUCCAAAUGUGCAGAAGAGCAAGAUGUUUCAGCAGAACCUACAUCAAGUCCAGCUGACACUUCAGAGACCAACACUUUGCAGGAACCAGAAAGUAAAGAAUUGCUAAACACUGCUAAUGUUAGCCCAGGAAUCCCAGAAAAUACAGACAUCACAGAGAAAGAGGAUGAGAGCUCAAGAAAGCCUGAGCUGACCAUUGAUAAACCUGACAAGGAUAUAUCAAGAGAGGAUAACAAGGAGGAUAGAUUAACAAAUACUGGUCAGGUGACCUCAAGAAAGAGUGAGAAGGCAAGGUCAAGAAAUGAUGGUAGGGUGCUCUCAGGAAAGAAUAAGGACGCAAGGCCGAGAAACGAUGGGGUGACCUCAAGAAAGAAAGAGGAAACAAGACCAAGAAAUGAUGAUGAGCCGACGUCAGGAAAGGAUGAGGCAACGUCAGGCAAGGAUGAGGAGACCAUGUCGAGAAAUGAUGGUAAGGUGACCUCAAUAAAGAAUGAAGAGAGGAUGUCGCUAAAAGAUAGUGAGGUGACCUCAGGAGACAACGAGGAGACAAGGUCACGAUGUGAUGGCGAGGUAACUCUAAGAAACGGUGAGAAAUCUCAGGUUUCUGUUACAUCUGAGGUUCUAGGAGAGAAGCAUCCAGAGGCAGCCCCAGAGAGAGGUCCAGGGGCGAUAGGUCAGGAUUUUGUUCCUCCUCUUCAAUUAAAGGUUUCGUCCUCACCAGGAAAACACAGCAGCUUAAAGCAGUCAUUUGCUGUCCAGCAAACCACAACUACACCUGAACUGAAAGAGGUUUCUAAAGAUGAUCAUCAGUCUCUAGUAGAAAUGGAGAACCAGAUAGAAACUAUGACUCUUCCCUUGAUGCCCAAGACAAGGCGCAGAUUGAGUCUGAACUCUCCUCGAAAAAAGCGUGUAAGGCAUAAACCCUGGACAACUUCUAGGAGAAAAUGUAAGAAUGCUCCUUCUGCCGAUGACACAAAUUCUAAAAUGAUUGCUGAAACAGAGGGUUCUGUAGCUGAAACAGAUGCUCCAGUCACUCAGAUGGAAGCUCCAGCCACUGAAACGGAAGCUCCAACCACUGAAAUUGAAACCAAGAUGGGGGAAUUACCAGAAUCACAUGAACAACCUAAACCGAGGAAGUUCUCUUGUCAGGCUGCUCUCUCAGAAGCAAAAGAGUCUCUACCAGGACAUGAAGCACCAAUGUCUGAAGCAGUUAAACCUCCAGGUGUCAAUUCUGCUUCAACUUCACCUCAACCUGGGACAGAAACACAACCAGAAAUUAAGACUGUGGAAGCUCCAUCAACAGAGGCUGCAGAGGUCUUGGUUUUGGAGCCUCAUGUGAGAGUCCCUGAUCAAGCAGAGGCUCCUCAUCAUGCUCAACAACCAGUCAAGCAUGGCAAGAAAAGGCGAAGACCUUUUAUAGGACAGAGGUUAAAAACUCGCCGAAAAAGGUUGCCUCAAAGACAGUUAUCAGAAGAAGACGCUGAUGUUUGCUCAACAGUGGUAGCUACCGAGCCAGCACAGUCUAAACUAGUUGGUGUGCAGAAAACGAAAUAUAGAAACACCCCUAUUUCUUCAAGUCUUUCUUACAUUCUUGAAGACAAAAAAAGAAGGGCAAGGCUUUUUGCACAGCAAGUGGAACGUGAGCUUGGUCCUCAACGUUAUGAUCAAAAAGAAAAAGAAAAGCCUUUUGCUGAUGAAAAACCAGACACUGAUUCUAUUGUAGUCCAACCUGGUAAAACAAAAUUUGUUAAAAACAUUAAGCAUUUUAUAAUGCCAGUGGUCAGUGCUCGGUCCUCACGAGUGAUCAAAACACCAAAGAGAUUUAUGGAUGAUGCUGGCAUGUCGGAUCUGCCACGGAGAAACGCUCAGAAGAAAGGACACCAGUUGGGAUUGAAUCCAAAAUUAAAGAAAUGUGAUGGUGGUGAUGAAAAAGAUGAACCCUCCUCUCUUCCCUCACAGGAUGAGGAAGAUCUUCUCUCAGAUCUGCCCGAAGCGCAGUUAGAUCUUGAUUUGUCCUCUGCUGAAGAAUCUAAGCUUGAGCCAGUAAACGACCUGGAAAACCUAGGUGAAGAUAAGUCCUCCGGCAAGAGAAGAUCGCUACUUCGAGACCCAGGAUUUAAUUGGCAAGUUCUGGAGCCUGCAGGUGCAGAGCUAUACAACUUUGACCAAGAUAUUGAAAAGGAGUACGAGGCCUUAUUGUCCGCAGAAGAUUUUUCGUUAGAUUCAAUAAUUGACCCACCUCAGAAAAAGAAGCCGAGCAUUAAAUUUAGGAAGCCACCAUCCCACCUAAAGCUUUACAAGAAACUUAAGGAUGAGUUUAACUUUGGUCCCAACAAGAAAAAGCUAAAACCACUUCCAUCGGUUGCAGUGGGGAAAGCCGUUUUACCACCACCCGAGGCACAAAAGUUAGAUUUUGAGAAGGAAACCAGUUUAAUUCAGUCUUUUUCUGAUAUUAAGGCCGAAAAGGCUAAACUGAAGAUCGAGGAUCUUGACAGUCCAGGGGUUGUUCGUAAAGUGUCGAUCUGUGUACGUGCUCUCAGCAACAAGUUGUUGGCGCAACAGCAGGAAGAGCAGGAGGAUGAUAUGCAAGAUGAAUUUUCUAUUCAUACGGACAUUUCACUUCCCAAGAAAUCCAUGGACAUAGAGAACAUGUUUGAAGCUGAAUCAAGAGAUCAGACGAAGUCAGACAAAGUAAUUAAUCAGAAGACUAAAGACGUUGAGUCAAAGGAGAGAAGCUUCAUCCAGCGUCCUCACUUGUCAGGUGCCAACAAGCGCAUGUUCAACCUCCUCAAAAAAGCCAAGGUUCAGCUCAUCAAGAUUGAUCAGCAGAAACAGCUCAAGUCAUCUGGGCUCCUGCCAGAAAGCCGAAUCACAGCUGGGAGGCAGAUCAGGAAACCCAUGAUGCAAUUUAAGCAUUCCUGCCCUGAAAAGACUGUUGCUUCACCAGAACAAGAGCCGGCCAGAGGAGGUCCACGCAUCAAGCAUGUUUGCCGAGCAGCAGCUGUGGUUCUGGGGCAGCCUCGCGCCAUCGUCCCAGACGAUAUCCCCAGACUCAGCGCUCUUCCUCUGCAUGAACGAUCAGGCAUUUCACCCUCACCUGCUGCUAAAGAUGUGGAGUCGCACUCUGACCCAGACAGCCCUGUAACGCAAGAGCAGAGGACACCCAAGUUUCGCAAAGCUCGUGCACACGCACGUCGAUGUGGUCAGUGUAAAGGCUGCCUCCAUGAAGAGGACUGUGGCAAGUGCAUUAACUGCCUGGACAAGCCCAAAUUUGGUGGCCGUAACACCAAAAGACAGUGCUGUGUGUUUAAGAGAUGUGAUGAGGUUGAAGAAAGGAAGGCCAUGAGACUAUGUGGCAAGCUCUAUAAAGGGCAAAUGAAGAGGCGUCGCCCAUUAGUCAGUACUGGUCACUCGAGUAAUGAGGAGUGUGAAGUGACCGAAGCAGCCUCUGUAGGAGGGGACGGUCAGAGCCCGUCAUUACGGAAGCAACCCAAACGCACUGUUAAACCGCGAUACUACUGCGACCUGCUAGAUUACGACUCUGAUCUUGACCCGGAUAUGAGCAGAGCACCAAACUCCACCUCACCAGCCCGAAGGAGAGCACCUGGUCCACGCAACAAUGACUUUGUGUCACUGGAUGAUUUUGUUGGUGACGGCCUCGAUGAGGGAAUCCGGCAUCGCAGACCUGGCUUUAACAGAGUUCCCCCAAUCAGACGGAAACCAGAAAAGAGUCCUCAGGAGCAAACACCACCAAGUGUCCUGGCAGCACUGGCUAACGGUUUUGCCGAGAGACUAAACGAACCCUCGGAGCCCACAUACAAGAUCUGUGUCGACUUUAAGGAGGACUGCACCUUGCAGAGUGUGUGGUCGACCGGUGGUUUGAGCAUCCUCACCUCUGUGCCUCUCAUGCCUCCAUCUGUGUGCCUGCUGUGUGCCAGCAAAGGACAACACGAGAUGUUGUUCUGUCAAGUGUGCUGUGAGCCUUUUCAUCAUUUCUGCUUGGAGCCGUCAGAGCGUCCGCUGGAUGAGAAUAAAGAGAACUGGUGUUGUCGCCGCUGCAAGUUCUGCCGUGUUUGCGGUCGCAAGAACAGACAUUCCAAACCUCUGCUUGAGUGUGAACGGUGUCAGAACUGCUAUCAUCCUGGAUGUCUAGCGCCGAACUAUCUCAAGCCUAACAAGCGCAAGAGACCAUGGGUGUGUAUGACAUGUAUCCGGUGUAAGAGCUGUGGUGUGACACCAGGGAAGAGCUGGGACACCGAAUGGAACCACGAUAAGGGCUUCUGUCCUGACUGCACUCGACUUUAUGAUCAAGGUAACUAUUGCACAAUGUGCUUUAAGUGCUACGAGGACAAUGACUAUGAGAGCCAGAUGAUGCAGUGCUCCAUAUGUAACCACUGGGUCCAUGCCAAGUGUGAGGGAUUGACUGAUGACCUGUAUGAGAUCCUGUCGAGUUUGCCAGAGAGCGUUGUGUACUCGUGCCAGCCCUGUACUCGAGCAAAGGCCGGUGUAGUACGGGAGAGUGUGGAGGGAGGAGGAUGGAGGGAGCUCCUCUUGCUGGAGCUCAGAGCCGGGAUAGAGAAGGUGCUCGCAUGUUUGCUGAGCUCCACUCUCACUCAGCACCUGGUCACCUGCAGCGAGUGUGCAUCUCUGAGUGAUGGAAGUGACAGAGAUGAUGUACUUCCUGUGUGUGAUUUGCGUGCUGUAGGGAAGAGGUUUGACAAAGGGCUUUAUACAACGCUGAAAUCUUUCCAUGAGGAUGUGGUGAAAGUGAUUCGUGAAAGGCUAGAGGAGGAGGAGGAAACCUUACCAGAGGACCAAAAGCCAACUGCUUUGGCUCGCUCUUACUAUCUCAAGCUCAUGGAAGAGGUUUUCAACUGGUUCAGCAGUCAGGAUCCCAAAGUGUGGGAUCCACGCUCCAAACAUUUACCAACUGGAAUGCUGUCCAACGCUGUAAUACCACCAACAAACGAGCAUGUUUUUGCCAAGUGGAGGGAACGAGAGGAGGAAAGAACGACUGUGAACACCAAGCAAGGAGAAGGCUUUCCAGAGGUCAAAGGUGAAGAGGGAGCAAAUAUCUCUACUCCUCCAUCUCGUAAACCUGUCCAUGGCCACUACAGAGAUUUGAGCAUGAGACUCAGACUAACAGGAAAAAAAUCACGACCAUGUAGAGAAGAGCUGGACACUGGGUGGUCGAAGGAGGAUGAGCGUCAGUGUGUCUUGUGUCAGAAGUAUGGCGAUGCAAAAUCCAGUGAUGCAGGGCGUUUGCUGUAUCUUGGACAGAAUGAAUGGGCUCAUGUGAACUGCUCCAUGUGGUCAGCGGAGGUGUUCGAGGAGGACAAUGGCUGCCUGAUGCAUGUGCAUAGUGCAGUUGCUCGAGGUCGCCUUAUGCGUUGUGAAAGAUGUAACCAGACUGGGGCGACAGUGGGCUGCUGCCUUACCUCCUGCCAAAGCAACUAUCACUUCAUGUGUGCCCGUUCUCGCAACUGUGUCUUCCAAGACGACAAGAAAGUCUUCUGCUACAAACACCGUGAUCUCAUCAGUGGAAAAAUUAUUACUGGGCAAGGGUUUGAAGUUCUUCGGAGGGUCUAUGUGGACUUUGAGGGGAUCAGCCUUCGCAGGAAGUUUUUGACAGGAUUAGAACCAGAACAUAUUAACAUGAUGAUUGGUUCUCUUCAAGUCCAAAAACUUGGAAAACUAAACGAAUUGUCAACUAUUCAAGGCAAACUUUUUCCAGUGGGUUAUGAAUGUUCUCGUUGGUACUGGAGCACACUGAACCCACGUCGCCGCUGCAAGUACACAUGCCGAGUCUUGGAGGUACGACCACCAGUUCAGGAGAAGCCAGUAGAAGAACUGGCUGACCAGGGAGAAAAUCGCACAAUUGCCCACAGUCCAUGUCCACAUUCAGAAUCUGAAACUACUGAGGGAGAUGUGACACCAGCAACUCCAAGUUUAGUAUCUCCCUUUGCUAAGCCAGACUCGAGUACUAGAUCCAAACCUUCAGCCUAUCCCCUGAACAGAAGACCAGCUGGAGGACUAUCUAAACCACUUCCAUCUCCAGGAGCAGCCCCUUCCAAGUCCCACCACAUUUUGACCAUCAGUGAUCUUGAUGAUACUCGCAGACUACGGCGACAUGCUACACAGAAUCCUGGCAUUCGUGGACACAGCUCUGGCCCCUCCUUGGGAUCUCAGACUAACUCAAAUAAUCUUCGACCUGGGGGUUCCCAUCACUCUAAAACUACCCAGCCUACCUCCCCAAUUUUCCCGCUUGGUGCUACUGAAAACUUGUUGACCUCCUCGUCAGCCCGCCCUGUCAGUCGAAGCGCUUCCUCUGCCCGGGGUGCCGGAAUUUUGGCACCUCAUUCUACCUCAGGACUGUUUCCAGAGCCCAUGUGGCAUGGUGGCACUGGCAGCACCCCUCCUGCUCACCGAUCGCUCUCUUCGCCUACCCACCUUUCAACAAGACCGAGGUUGCCUUUUGACCUUAAUCAGUUGGACUCUGAAGAACUGCCACACAAUUUCAUGGCAUCACCCCAAGAACUGCCUGCGGAAAAUGGGACCUUUCCUUUAGGAGACACAGCAGAUCCACAGAGGGGUAGUCACCUAGUCACUGAUAAGGAAUUCCCCUAUACCCCCUUUCCGUUGGACUCGGACCUAAGUGAGGUAUCGGAACUUAAAACUGAGCUUGAAAUUGAGGCCACUGUUCUCAAUGAGGGAGUAGCAAUGAACUGUAGUGAACAGAUCGUCGUUGAAGGUGAAGAGGAUCAAGAUGAGUUUUGGGGUCCAGGUGCAGAGGUAUCUGCCCGGAGAUUACCUCAUCCUACAGAGGACUGGGGUAAUAGUUCCUCUGAUGAUGAUAUGGGAAACUAUUUUGACUUUUCACGCACUAUAGUAACUUGUAAAGGCUCAAAAGAAGCCUCAAAGACACCACCUGCCUCUGUAAAAUCAAUUUCACAACUAGAUGGUGUUGAUGACGGAACUGAGAGUGAUACAAGUGUAACAAGCAGUAAUACCCAAAAUCUGAAAAAUCCAAGUCAGGUUCAGAAACCGUCUCAGGCUCUUGAUGGUCAGCAUCAUAAACCUUGGAAUAGUAAUGGGCUGUGUGUGGAACUUCCAAGUCUUAGCAGUCAGCACCAACCACUAGCCAAACCAUUUGGCUCUCUGUCCUUAGUAAGCACUGCUGAUCAAAGUUCAAGUAGCCCAUCACAUUCUGAGAUUCCACAAGAGAAUCGCAGCUACUCAAAACCAGACUUUCCAGAUACAUAUCAGACCACUGACUUUAUUGGUCAGACGUUUCAGUCAAGUGCUAUGAUGCCCCCGCUGGAGACUUCAACAGAUUUUGUUGUGCCAAAGGAAACGGAUACAUUUUCCACUUUUAAUGAAGAUAUCCAAGGAUACAGUUUACCUACAGAUCUGGGAUUACCUAUAAUGCUGGACAGAUGUGACCCUCCCUCACCCAGCACCUGUUUUACCGAGUUGGUUCCAGUUAAGGACGAUUCUCAAAUAGACACACAAGAAUCCAGUGAGCCAAAAGAUAUGUACUUGGAUCAUAACAGUGGUCACUUUGUUUCCUCCAUUGAUGGUUCUAUGAUUUGCCCAAAUAACAUGUCAGAGGGUUCAACCGAUAUGGCCUUCACGAACACAGCAAAUGGAAGGCAAUAUCAAGUGCUGCCACAAUCAAGUUCCACAUCAUCUGUAGAAACAGGCAGUUCUGCAGUUCAGUCUGCUCCUUGUUUGCAACCUACUUUCAUGUCAUUUUCUAAUUCAUCCUCUUCAACUAUCACUUUACAUCCUGUCCACAUCCCCGAAAACAAGACAGUCCUGCCACCAAUGGAAAGUUUUCGUAACAAACUACUGUCGCCUUCAGACAUCAGCCAACAAUCAGUUCCAAGAGCAGUGAUUUCUGCUGAUUUGCCUACUCAGCCUGAUUCAGUGUUUCAUGCACAGUCAAGCCCUGGUGUAGCCCUUGCAUCCCUUAGAGCAGUGCCAUCUCCUGUGUACCCCACUUACACUCAACCUGUGGGCUCUGCAACAGUCAGCAUAAUUCCAUCUGUAAACUCCCAAACAUCUGCUCAGUGCCGUCCAGUGUCUUCUAUUAUUCAGCCAGCCACAUGCCCUGUUGUUGUUAAUGGCUAUAGCUCUAUGCCUAUGCAAAGGGAAGCUACCCCAGGACGUACCAUUUCCAUAAACUUUUCAACUCCAAGACCAACACUGGAGCCUCAACAGACAGUGACUCAAGCAUUACCAGGUCAUGCAAUUCUCACUGUGAAAGAGGUGGGAGGACCCAAUGUGGACCCAACCCCUCAUGUUUUACUUGUUAAUCGUCUCGGUCAAAUUUUUGUCAAAAAUCCGGAAAGCAACACUUUCCAGCUACCCAGCCCCACCUCCCCUUCCUACAACUGUGUUACACAGAUUGCCAGCCUUCUUCAAAGCAAUGCUCUCUCUGCUACUCUUGCAGCAGCAGGCAACUUACCUGCAGUUGCUGGAGCAGCCAUCACAGCUCAAAUCCCCAGAAUGGUGACGCCUGUCAUUCAGAACUCCAAUACCAUCACGCAGCUCCUCACGACUAAUAGCAAAGGAACAGCAGCACCAUUGGAAGCCCAGAAAACAAACCAAAAUGCAAAAGAAUCUUCCGAUGUUUCAGUACCUGGAAUAAAGAAAUCACGGAAAAAGAAGGAACCCUCAACACCCCGGAAAACCAAAUUAGCUGCUGUACCCGGGUCAUCUGGCAAGCCAACAGACAAUCAUCCUGAGAGUGCUCAAGCUAUUAUUAACCAAGCUAUGGCCAGCUAUUAUGACCCCAGUCGAAAGGCUAGUAAAAUUCUGAGUCCUUCUUCACCUUGUAACACCACUGCUGGUGGCAGAGCUCAAUCACCAAGUUCCAUAGUUCUGCCACCAGGCCUCCUUGUUAAACCGGAAGCCACAAAUUCUCCACCUUCUACUCCAAGCUUAGUAUCCUCAAGACCAAAGCAGGUUCGAAUGAAAAGGGUGUCCUCUCUCUCUGAUCGCAUUGCCACCAAAAAGUCCAAGUCUGACUUUUUAGAGCCAGAACAUUCCAGUGGCCCAGAAGAGCAACGCAAAUUAAAUUUAGCUGCUGCCAGGUGUGGGGGAGUUCGCAUUAAAACUCCAACAGUCAAAGGGAUCCUUGACCUGGACAAAAUCAAUGAGGAGCAAAGUAGUGAUUCUGAAAGCACAAGGCCAGGGAUCUGGGAUCAUUUCUCUGUGUCUCGAGGUGGUGACAGCAAUAAACCACAGUCCUUGGACGCCACAUGGUGCAGUUCACUGUCUGACUGGAACAAAUACUCAGGGACGCUGUCAGGCUCAGAAGAUGAGAUGCCUCCUCAAGAAAGUGAAGAGAAGCACCUGCCUAAAGGAGACCAACCACACCUACGCUUUGAAAUCACCAGUGAUGAUGGAUUCAGUGUUGAAGCAGACAGCAUUGAAGUGGCUUGGAGGGCUGUGCUUGAUGGGGUGCAGGAGGCCCGUGCUGUUGCCAAGCUCAGACAGCUUUCCCUAACUGGGCUGACUGGAGCUCGUAUGUUGGGUUUGCUUCACGAUGCCGUGGUUUAUCUGGUGGAACAGCUUCAGGGAGCCAAGAGCUGCCGUGGUCACACAUUCCGAUUCCAUAAGCAGCCUAGCCAGGAAGAUGACCUGCCCAUUAACCCCAGUGGCUGUGCUCGAUCUGAAGUCUACCUGAGGAAAUCUACGUUCGACAUGUUCAACUUCUUGGCUUCCCAGCACAGACAGCUUCCUGACACUGAUCUCUAUGAUGAAGAGGAGGAUGAAGUUCUUCUUAAAUCCAGCAGACGAGCAACAAGUCUGGAGCUUCCCAUGGCAAUGCGCUUCAGACAUCUAGAAAGGACAUCCAAAGAAGCUGUUGGUGUUUACAGGUCCGCCAUUCAUGGACGAGGGCUGUUCUGUAAGCGGAACAUUGAAGCUGGGGAAAUGGUCAUCGAGUACUCCGGCAUUGUCAUUCGCUCCGUUCUGACAGACAAGCGGGAGAAAUAUUAUGACGGGAAGGGCAUUGGCUGCUACAUGUUCCGCAUUGACGACUUUGAUGUAGUCGAUGCAACCAUGCAUGGCAAUGCGGCACGAUUUAUCAACCACUCGUGCGAUCCCAACUGCUAUUCCCGCGUCAUCAACGUGGAGGGCCAGAAGCACAUUGUCAUUUUCGCCUUACGCAAGAUCUACCGUGGAGAAGAGCUCACCUAUGACUACAAGUUCCCUAUCGAAGAUGCCAGCAACAAGCUCGGCUGCAACUGUGGAGCCAAGCGCUGCCGCCGCUUCCUAAACUGAGUGGACUGUUGAAAAGAUCCGCAGGGAGAAACGCAGACAGGCAAUAAUACAGAGGUACAGUGUUAUGAAACCACUGGAAGUCCACUGGACCGAUCCAGAUACGGCCCAAGGGAUGCGUGCGUGAUGCCCAAGCACUCCAACAAAAAUGGAAUGGUCAAAGAAGCACCUGUUUUACAAUCUAAGCGUUUUAUUCCAGUCCACAUACAGAAACGUUCUGCUUCAUGCUUCCCUUUUUACAACACAGAGGUCUUUACGACGUGCAAACUAGUGAAGAGAAGAUGCGCACUCCUCCUAUUGCUAAUACUUGUCACGUUGUUGCUGCUGAAAUGCAAGUUUGGCUCGUGUAGGGAACCUGUAUAAGGUGUUCCAGGUGUGUUUUUUUUGUUUGUUUGUUUGUUUAUUUUUAUUUUUUUUGCUUUUUGUUUGUUUUUGUUUUUCCUGAGCUUGUGCACGAGCAACAAGUACAGUAACUGUCUGGCUGAUAAAAGUCUAAGUGGUCAGUGCAUCAGUUUUAGCUGUUGAAAUAGUUUCAGUGCCGUUUAAUGGAUUGUGCUGAUCUUCUGCAGUCCAGGGCUUCUUGAAAAUUUUGACUCCGGCUUUCUCCUGCACUUAGAACAAAGUGCAAAUAGAUGUACAGGAGGAGUUUUGUGGCAGUGAGAAUAUACUGUACCUGGAUGAAUAUAUGACUAAUCAAGAGAUAUAUCUAUAUAUACUUUUAACGGAGAUGUUUAUCUGUGAUGCUCAUGCUAGAACAUAGUAUAGGACUUGAUGUUUAGGAGAAGAAAAGGCUUUAUUCUGCUCAGGAAGAUGCUGUGAACCCCUGCAAUACGCCAUUACCAUCCAUUCCGUUCGUAAGGUCAUUUUUAUUUUUAUUUUAUAGAAAGUCUCAAAUCAGCCUUUAAGCUCUUCUACAAAAGCCACUGCUGUACUAUAUCAUUAGAAAACUCCCACUAGGCCUGUGUAUAUUAUUUAUUCUUUUACCAUGUUUAUUUUUGUCCCGAUUCAUGACUAUGGGUAAUUUAAUCAUGGAGAAAUUUGUCUCCCUUCUUGGGACCCUGCUGUUUUGUUGGUGUCUGCUAAUUUUGCCCAUUAUCUUAACCUUUAUUCUUUAAUUCUUUAUGGUGCUAAACUUAACAAAAGUCUUGAAAAUUAAGUGGGUAAUCACACAUUUCAUCGUCCUCGUCUCUGUCGUUCAUCCCCAUGUGAGACACUUCAUUGUUUGUGACUUGCUCAAGUUCUUGACAGGUAAAAGCUAGAGAACAUUAUUUUUUUAAAAGCAUCACAAUGUAUGGAAAAAGAAAACUAUUCAGCCUUUUUUCCCCCUCUGCUAGCUGCAUUAAACACUACUUGAGCUAACUAGAGAUAGUCACUUUUGCAUCUUUACAGUUUUUGUAUUGGGUCUUUUCUCAUUUCUGUGAUAGUUGCACAUACAGACACAUGAUGUACAUACAUAUAUAGAAAUCAUACUCCCGUAUAAUUGCUCAAGAAAAUCUCUCAGAAGAAUAUUUUUUGUUCUCAGACAGCCUUUUUAGCAGUGAUUAAGAAUUACUGAUGGGUCUUUCACCUAACAGCCACCAAGCACUCAGCACCUUGACGUCCCUUUAUUUUAAGACUUCAGACAGUUCUGAUUCCUUGUAUCAUGAGGAAAAAUAUAACUGAUACCAAUUCUAGUGUCUUACAAAGACAAGAUUUCUCAAGCUUUAUGGCGUAUUUAUUCUUGUUUGUGUUUAGAUUAUGGGAGUAAAAGUGCUUUCUUCAUGGCCAAGGUCUUUUUUUUUUUUUUCUUUUUGUUUACAUAGCUUUUUUUUCCUUUGUUUUUCUUGACUUGAACAUUUCUUCGAGGAGGAGUUCUUGCAGUGCAGCCUUUUUUUACAGUUGUGUUUUGAGCCAGAGAUUCUUUUUUAGAGAGUAUGUUUUUAUGUCUUGUUUUAACUUGUAAAGUGUGGCAACAUGCUUUAGGAAAACUGUUUCCUUUUCUCUCCCUGCUUCACAAUAUGCCAGAAACAGCUUCCAGUGCUUGCCGCCGCUCCUUUCAUGUUUUUAUGGUAGCUGGCUUUUCGAACAGCCCUUGAAGCCAGCCAGUGAGAUCAUCCUGCCUUGUCUGGCCCUCCUCAUUUCAGAUAAUAAUAUUAUAAAACUGAAUUUCACCUUUUUUUUUUUCCUUUUUUUUUCACUGAACUUGCAAGGAUUCUACCUCAGGCUGUUCAGAAUGACUGUCAAAGAAUACUAAUGCAAAACUUAGAUGACGAUAUGAUAUCGCUCGGUCUUAAAUGUCCUGUAGAGAUGGCCUGUGUGCAAUGAAGGAUGCAAAGCACUAGUCAAGACCUUCUGUGACUAUCUGUCUCCCAGAGUUGUGUGGAAAAACUGUAUGUUCCUAGGUAGGGUUAUUUUAAAAAAUGUGUUCAGAAAAGACUUCAAAAUGAGAAAAUGUGUCUUUACUACCUUGUACAAAGUACCCUAAGUCUGUAAAUAAUUGUAUACAUAUUUCUAAACCUGUUAAAUUUUUCUAUGCACUUUUUUAUUUAUAAUGUUAUUUGCUUAAUAAAGAUGUUACAAUGAA